AUGGACGCAUUAGUUUCUGCAGAUGAAAAUCCCGAUUCCAACGAAAAGAACCCUCAAGAAUCAGAAUCCGAAACCAAUAGCAACAGCAGUGAUGUAUUAGGCAAGGCUUUAUCUACGAUGCUAGCCUCUGUGAUUAAGGAUUUCGAUUCUAAAGCUCAAGACACACUCAAUAGCCAAGACCAACUUAAUUCUGCCGUUGAUCGUCUUACUGGAGAGCUUGAUCAGUUGUUGGAAGAUGCACCCUUGCCAUUUAUCAUCCAGCAUGCAGCGAAGAUUUCAGGUGUUCGAAAGAGAGUUUCAUCAUUGAAUUCUGUUCUAAAAUCAAUACAGCGCCGUGUUGAUAAUAUAGACCUACUGCUAUCUGUUGGCAUCCCUCAAAAAGCAAUGGAUAGGUAG